AUGGUCACCGGCUUCGUACCCUGCGCCGCUCCCCUGCGCGCCACCACCCGCCAGACGGCCGCCGUGUCCGUUGUCUCCCGCUCUGCCAGCACCUUCGUUGCCCCCUCGCGCCGCGUCACGGCCCCCGCCGCCCCCGCCGCCCCCGUCCCCACCGUCCGCAUGGCCACUGCCGCCGCCACCACCAAGAAGUCCAUUAAGGACCUCAACCCCGCGGACAUCGCCGGCAAACGCGUCCUUGUCCGCUGCGAUCUCAACGUCCCGCUCGAUGGCAAGACCAUCACCGACGACACACGCAUCCGCGCAUCUGUCCCCACCAUCAAGUUCCUCAUGGAAGCCGGCGCAAAGGUCCUCCUCUCCUCCCAUCUCGGCCGCCCCAAGGAUGGUCCGGAGGAUAAGUUCUCCCUCAGCCCCGUCGCCGCCCGCCUUACCCAACUGCUGGGCAAGGACGUUACCAUGGCUCCAGAUUGCAUUGGUGACGGAGUCACAAAAAUCGUGUCCGGCAUGGCUAACGGUGAUGUCACUCUUCUCGAGAACGUUCGCUUCUACAAGGAGGAGACGAAGAACGACCCUGACUUUGCUAAGAAACUUGCUGCUAACGCUGAUUUUUUCGUCAACGAUGCUUUUGGUACCGCCCAUCGCGCCCAUGGCUCGACCGCCGGUGUUACGGCGCAUCUUAAACCCUCUGUUGCCGGCUUACUUCUGGAGAAGGAGCUUGCAUACCUCGCAGGCACUGUGUCGGACCCCGCGCGCCCGUUUGCUGCAAUUGUUGGUGGUUCCAAGGUAUCUUCCAAGAUUGGCGUUAUCGACUCGCUUCUCCAGAAGGUUGACAAGCUCAUCAUUGGAGGCGGUAUGGUCUUCACCUUCCUCAAAGCAAAGGGCCUCAACGUUGGUUCUUCCCUUGUUGAGGAUGAUAAGCUCGAGCUUGCGAGGGAGCUUGUCAAAACGGCCGAAGCCAAGGGUGUCUCCAUCAUCCUUCCCACUGACGUCGUCCUCGCUGACAAGUUCGCCGCUGAUGCCAACACUCAGGUGACCUCUGUUGACUCUAUCCCCGAUGGAUGGAUGGGUCUGGACCAAGGAGAAGACAGCACAAAGCUCAUUCAGAAUGAGCUUAAGGAGUGCAAGACCGUAAUCUGGAACGGGCCGAUGGGUGUGUUUGAGAUGGAGAAGUUCGCGAAGGGUACGUUCGCCAUUGCUGACACAUUAGCCGAUCUCACUGAAUCCGGCUGCAUUACCAUCAUCGGUGGUGGUGACUCUGUCGCAGCUGUCGAGAAGGCUGGUCUGGCUGAGAAGAUGUCCCAUAUCUCUACUGGUGGUGGUGCCUCGCUCGAGCUUUUGGAAGGAAAGGUGCUUCCUGGCGUGGCUGCUUUGGAUGACAAUUAG